UACUCAGUCUUUUGUCUUCAUUCGUCUAUAUCUCACAAGACCCGCACUCGGACCGGUGCCGCCCCUUCCCACGCUAGGACCGCUGCCGCACCGUCGCCGUUCGCCUAGCUGCCGACUUAUUCAUAUAUUGCUGUUUCUGAAAACAGAAUGGCAGCCUCUGUGGCUAUAGAGAAAACCUUUGUUUCAGAUUCAGAGGAGACAUCUAUUUCUGAAGAUUCAGACUGCAUUUUUGACAUGAGGUCACAUAGGCCAUCGAAAAGAUCACUCUUUGAUGAUGGAAAUUUUGAGCCCACUUCUUUUCCUGCUUCAAAGAAACACAGAACGGCCUUGGAUGAUGAUGAUGAAGAAGAUCCACCAAUGGAUGAGGAUUACAAGAAAUUUAUGUACACCUUAGAGAAAUACUGUAAAGAGCACUUCCAGUCUUUGGAGGAAGAAGAAGUAGGAAAAGAAGGAGAAGAAGAAGAUGGAGAUAUGGAUCCUCAGUACGGUAUGUUCAUGGAAAAUUUGAGGGAAGAUGGGAAGUCCUAUUUGCUGGAAAUCUAUGGAGAGGACGUGAUGCCACUUUGUAUAAAGUACGAAGGGGAGGACAAGCCAUCUGGUGGGAGUGGGAACAAGUGUGCAACUCCUGGAGACGAAGAAAAGAGUCACUCUGCUACUUCAGCGGGAGAAGAUAUAGCGAAUUCAGCAACUCCAGGAGAAGAUGGGAGUACCUCAACAACUACUGGAGGAAGAUAUAGCAGGAACGCCACAAUUCCAAGAGAAGAAGAUGAGAAAAUCUUAGCAACUCCAGGUAAAGAAGGCAGGAGAAACUCAUCAGCACUAAGAGGAGAAGAUAGGAGGAAUUCGGCAACACCUAGAAAUGAAGACAGGAUAGACACAACAAACUCCAGAGUGAAGAAACAUUGGUUGAAUGUCACGAGGAUGGAGGGAAAAAAAAGUCUGGAAGUUCCACACAAUGAAUCCAAUAUUAUGAACGAGGUAAUGAUGGAGACAUCAUAUCCCACAAAUUGUGUUUCUAAUGAGGCAGCUUGGGGUUCUGCAGUAAACCCUGAGAUUUAUCAGUUACACACAAAUCGUCGGCAACUAGAGAACAUUGCUGCAGAUAUUUUGGCCAAAUGCGGUAAAAGAUUGAAAUAUGAAAAUAAUGAUGGUGAAAGUUCUCUCAAUGCUAGAGAGAUUGUGACAAACUCAGCCGUCAAACUUGAGGAUGAUGAUGAGGGAACUAUAGCUGGUAAAGAAAAGUUGGCCAAUACAAAAAGGUUACCAAUGAACUCAUCUCUUUCUUAUAUUGGAUUGAAUGUCAUCAAGAUGGAUGUACAUAACCAGUGGCAUGCAAAGAAAAUGACUGGAGGAGCCCGUGCUCAGUUUAGGGAGAGACUUUUGGAAAUCCUUAGCAUACCUUACAACCAGAGGGAGUAUAAGGAAUUGUGGCAUGAAAUAACUGAUCGCAAACCAAUGAAGCGUCAUAGAGAUCUGCGUGGCCGGAUAAUAGUAUAUGAUGCUGGUCCUGGCAAAUCAUAUCUUGACUACUAUUCUGAUCUUGCUAAGAAGAUAAAUUUAGUCCGCUUGGAUCAUGCUGAAGUUCUGAAUCUUUUACGUGGAUUUUUCUUUUGGUUAACGAAUUUGUCUCAUGAAGGAGCAUUCCGGCCCUGGUUGGAUUCGACGUGUUUGGAAGUAGAACAGCUGGAUGCUACAUCCGAUUAGAACUGCUGGCCAAAAAAUGAUGUAGACAAAUGUUCUCAAGAAUUUAGUUGAUAUUGAAGAUCAUUUACAUACCAUAGCUCCACAUAAUGUCAUAAGUGAUGUACAUGCUUUGAACGCAUGCACAAUUCUUAAGCUAUUUGAUUGCUUAUUCUAGCAUAGAAAUCAAUACCUACAAUUCUUAUGCUUUUCUGUCGUGACCUUUUAGUAUACUUUGAUUUAAACACGUACUUCAAUUUGGUAAUUAUUGUUUCACA